CAGACUUGCUUGCCGCAGCUUGAACACACAAUCGGUACCAGUAUCUUUGUCUGUCAAUUAGGCGCAGUACAGACUUUGUGAUCGACCUCGAUGUCAGUGCAAUGGCUCGCCAAGUGAUCUGACAUCUGUUCAAAAGAAAAGCCAGUUGUCAACUAUGGCGUCUUUCACCUCCUAUAAUCUCUACAAGUUUUGGUUAUCUGUUGGGUUUUGAGGCAAUUGAUGGAGGUUCUGUGGGUACUGAGGUUAAGUGUGUGUGACCUAUCAAGCGCGUUGGUUGUUAAAAUUAGAAAAUUUGCAAUUUCCAAGAUUUUGCAUGCAACUCUCUUUUUCUUCUUUCAAAUGCCCAGAUCAUAUAACCGUCUUGCUCUUGCUCUUGCUAGGGUGACUCAUUCGGAAAGAGUGUGGGCUAUCGACGUUCCUCGUAUUUCCGAAGACGGGUCGCGCUAUGUUGGCAAGAAAUUUUGGACGGGUACAGUUGGAGCAAUGUACGAUAAUUCAUGUUGGAAUGGCAAACCAAGUAUAUAUGAGGUUAUUACUGAGCGAGACAAUGUUCGACUUUAUCUGGACUGUGAGUUCGAUUUGUCGGAUACACAACUUCUUACCAAGGAGGACGUCUUCACCUGCGUCCAAUUCAUCCGUAGUUGUUUGAACCAGCACUUGAGACUUUCGUUUCCUUCUCUAGAUAUUAACCCCAACGAACUUAUAAUAUUGCAUGGUUGCACCCCGAUCAAAAUGUCACUGCACCUCAUUCAUCGUAGCAUCAUUUUUGAUAAUGCGCAGUGUUCGUGCGCAAGUUAUGUGCAUGAGUUGAAUGCAUUUCUUCGGCACCAACUGGAGGAUUCUGACCUGAAUGAUUUCCUGAAGGAAAACCUUAAAAAAAUCAUCGACCUCUCGGUUUACCAGAAAAAUCAGCUGUACCGCACCUAUGGUGCGUCGAAGCUGGACAAGAUGAGACCUUUCAUAUUAUAUGACGAAUCCAACUUUGAUUGGGCGUUGAACCCAAACUGGAGCUUUUCGCAGAUGCAAAUAUCUCUCGAAGCGUGGUGCCGAACUUUGGUCACUGUUGAUAUUUUUUGCCACAGUGAGAUAUUGCAAGUACAGCCCUCAGAAUUUCUGUCUGUACGAAGUCCCGAGUUGGCGAGGCAAACGCUGUACCACACGAGCUGCUUCACAGAUAAUAUGGAUCCGCAAGGCAGAUAUCUACAAAAAUUUGAAAUGCCACAAGUUGAAAGAGUGCCCAUGCUUGUUCUCUCUUCGCAUGUCCCAAGAGCCUCAUCCAACAGCGAAACUGUCAUUGUAGAUGAUACCAUGUGGAUUGUGAACGAGCACAAUAACCCUGUCCGACUCAGUGACCUAGAACACAAUCAAUGUGUCUUCUGUCUCAAGUGCGAAACACAAGUAGCUGGUUCGGAGAUAAGAGGCGUAGGCAUUUCAAGUGCAAAGGCAUUUUUGCGGCCAAAUGGCACAAAAUGCGUGUUCUGUUUCAACUGCAGUUAUCCAAUGUAUAUAUUGGAGACUGCCGACCAAUACGGUUUUGUUCCUACUGAAGAAGAAAUAAUCAAAUCUCCGCACGACAAGCUGAAUUUUGCUGGCAGUGAAGAUAUCGACUUUGAUGCCUGUUCUCGACUAGUUUUUCUAGAUGCCCCAAUGGGAACAGGAAAAACCCAUGUCUCUCAGUGGUAUCUGUCAAGACAUGGAGAAAAGUCAGUGCUUGCCAUUACAUUCCGUAUCUCACUUGCCAAGUAUACGUCAGAGAGGUUAGGCUUGAAAUGCUAUACAGAUAGUGACGCUUUCAAUAACCCUGAACACCAUCACCGUUUCGUUGUUUGUCUCGACUCCUUGUGGAAAGUCGAAAAGACUGAUUAUGACAUUCUGCUGCUGGACGAAGGCACCUUCUUACAAUACCAUUUUGUCUCAGGAACAAAGAAAGGCGAAUUAGCAGAGGUCAUUGAUGUAUUUAAGUGCCAACUUCAAAAUGCCAAAAAAGUAAUUGUAAUGCAUGAUAGGAUUCCUGAAAGCACCAUUGAUUUCUACGCAAAUCUGAUGGGUCUGAAUCCUGACAACAAGUCAGAGGUGACCAAGCGAAAGUUUGAGAAGCCAACUCCUUUGCGACCAGUACUCUCAUACGAAGACAAGAAUGUUAUGAUUUUGCAAAUGAUCAAAGACUACAUCGGAAACUUCAAUGAGGCUGAUAUGUGUAGUAACAGACCGUUUGUUGUUUUUUGCUCUCGUGCAGAUUAUGCACUUUUGCUGCUUUACAUCUUGCGUCAACUGGCGACAGAAAAAUUUGGAGAUCAGGUAUGUACCCUUGCUUUAACGUAUGCCGUAAAUUGAGGCAUAACAUUUUUUUUUUUUUUUUUUUUU